UGAUGUGGUUAAAGUUUGUAUUAAAGACAGUGGCGAAUUGUUCUCUACGGGUAGAAACAGGCUUUCUAAAUGUACCUCUAAAUGCGGGCGCGCGUCACUGUGGUGGAGGUUAGACGGGCUGAAGGCUUCCUCGGACACCGGGGAGACGCAGAGAAACACGUGUGUCGCCGAGUAGCUCGUCCCCCCGGCUCUGUAGCUAGAUUAGGGUUAUGGGAAGAUGGUGGUGAUUGGGGUUCUCACACCAAAUGAUAAACAUGCUGACUCUGAGCUGCUGGCCUGGCUCAAUCACACACUGCAGUCUAGCUUCAUCAAAGUGGAGGAAACAUGCUCAGGAGCUGCCUACUGCCAGUUGAUGGACUUGCUUAUCCCUGGCUGUAUUGACUUAAAGAAAGUAAAGUUUAAAGCUGAAGAUGAAACAGACAUGCUUAACAAUUUCAAGCUGCUUGAAAAGGCCUUCGACCUCAAUUCCAUCAAAAAACCGCGGGAGUUUGACUUGGUGGUCCUUGGAGACUUUGUAGAGACUGCCAAACUGCUGAGAUGGUUCAAAGUAUAUUUUGAUCAGAAUUUUAACGGACAGACAUACAAUCCAGUGGUGGCGCGUGGUGGACAGAGUUUAGAGCCUUUCCUUGAUAAAAAACCAAAGGCUCUUGCACAGCUGGACUUCUCAAAUAAAGGAGCUGGACGCCAUCUAGACAUCAGCACACAAAUCGAAGCUGUGGAUUCAUUCUCCUGCAGCCUGACAACACUGCUUUUUAUCAAGAAACACUGGUCGUCUUUCUCAGCCAGCACCGACUUACAUGUUACAUAUAGUGCAGCCAGACAAGUGCUGGGCCAUAAAUACCCCAGUGAUAUCACAGCCUCUUGUGUUGGAACCCCUUACUGCCUGUACGUAUACCAUGGAGUAGAGCUUAUGGAAAGGGAGAAGGGUAGUGUAAUCCUAAUAGGACAUUUUGACCAGGUUGCUGGAAAGAGCAGAGUCAGGCUGCUUGAUGUCAUUCAGCCCAUGAAGGAGACAAAUGCUGCUCUGCUGACCUGCCUAAAGAAGACACUGAAGAAGUUUGAAAUCCCUCUAGUGAACCUGGCAGCAUUUUAUUACAGUUCACCCGACCCUACAGAGCUUGUUUCAGGCCUGAAGAUCCUGAAUCCCAGAAUGCUGUCACUGUGUAGCCUCACUAAUCUCGCAGGACAAGCUUGUCACAGUGGCAUAAUGGCGAUGGAGCUGUCCAGGAAAAUCAGGGGACUUCUCAAGAAGGUCCACCAACAUUUUCCGUCUCUCCCAGCCUCUCUUAAGGAACAGCUCAGUAGUAUGGACGACCCCAACUUCAACUCCUCUUUGACAUCCAAUUGUGUGCUCUUGAGGACAGUAGUCCAUAAAAUGACCACAGUUUGGUCAGACUUGGCGCAGUACUUUAGCUCACUGGGUGCUCGUAGCAGUAUCAGGGAAAUUCGUCGUCUCUUCAGAGAUCAGUGCUUAAGAGUGAGCUUUUUGUUUCUUGGCCAUGCUCUACAACCUCUGUGUGAGUUUCAAGAGGUCUGGCUUAAUGAUGGAGAUUUUAACAAAGUCCUCAAAAAUGCUUUAGGCUUAAUCCAGCUUUAUACAUCCAGCUUCCUCCAGCCUAAAUCCAUGGAACACUUCAUGAGAAGCAGUGGGUCCCCCAGAAGUGACCUGAUAGAAUAUCUACCGAGAGACAAGAUGAUGGUUGGCGCAGAGGUGGUGGAGUAUCUUCGACAGAAGAAAGAUGCCAAGCUGACUGACAGUCUAGACCUCUUCUACAAGAGUGCCAUCUCAUUCUACGCUGCAGUCGCUUCCAGUAUCGUCAAGAGCUUACCCUUGCCUGACACUGCCCUGAGGAACAUGGCUCUCAUCUUAAGCCCAGAGGGAAGGAUGGAGGUCACAGGGAAAGCUGUAGCAGAUUUAGGUAUGCUCUUUGGGGUUUGCCCAAGAGCAGAGGAUGUUAGCUUGUUAACAGAUGAUUUUUUUGAGUACCAGUUUGCUGAGCAGGAAAACUCACCUAGUCCAGCUGACCAGUCUGUGGACCAGUACUGGAGGGCGGAGAUGAGGAUUAUGGGAAAGACGUCCAUUUUCCGAAAGCUGAUCCUGAGCCUCUUGGCCCUGCCUAAAACUUUGAGAAUGGAAAGCGUCUUUGCACAAGUGUUUAAUGGUGCAGGUGAUUACACUCUGCUCGAGAGGGAAAAGGAGAUCUCUGAGGAAAAGAGUGUGCCACAGGAUGAUGAUGUCACUGACAGCAGCUCCUAUAAAAGUGCCCCAUCACACCCUCUCAGCCCAGAAACCCAGGAGAGCGUAGCAUCAGAUGUUAUUGACCUGACUGAAGUGGAUGAUGUUAUACCUAUGGAGACGAACACCUAUACCUCUCAUUCGGAGACAGAAGUGAAAGGGAAAAAACAAGACGAGACAAAGAUUUCAGAAUCAAUAGUCAUUGAUGAUGAUGAUGAUGAUGAUGAUGAUGAUGAUGAUGAAGAAGAAGAAGAAGAAGAAGAUGAUGAUGAUGAUGUCACUGACGAUGAUGUUAUGUGGACUGAUCAUUUUUAUCCAGUGCCGCUUCACAGUUCAGUGAAGGACGUCACCUCAACGCCUAACAAAGAGGAAAUGGAUCACUCAUGUCAGGAUAAGACGGCGUUUGCAGUAGGGGCGAUGGUAUGGGGGUCGGUGGAAGGCUUUGCGGUUUGGCCUGGCCUGGUGGAGGAGUUGACUAGACUGAAGAAUGGAGACACCCUGUGUAAAGUAGCUUGGUUCGGUGAUGGUAUGAUCUCUGAGAUCCGUUCAGAUGCUCUCCAGCCUUACUCUGUGUUUGCGCAGUGCUUCUGCCCUAAUUCCUUUGCUACUGUGACCGCAUACAAGGACGCCAUCUUUCGUUCUCUGCAGGUGGCCGCUAACCGCACUGAAACAGUGUUUUCUCUUGAGUCGGACUCUCAGGAUGAGCUGCUGAGAGUUCUGCUGGACUGGGCAUUUGGAGGAUUUAAACCUGCGGGACCAAAUGGACUUAAACCUCGAUCAAGAGAAAAUGAGUGCCAUAAAGUUUUCAAGUGGAGCCCACAAAAAUCAGCUGAAACGCCUGUGAGCGAGAUUCAAAGGACACAUCAAGGAAAAUCUGACAAGGUAGUCAGGUUGAAAGACGUGUCUGUCUGCUUGAACAAUCUGUCUAAAUCUGUGGACCUGCAGAAGGGCUGGGUGGACCUAAAGGAUGAAGAAGUUAGCAGAAAGUUAAGCUGGAAAGAGGAGGACUCAGAGUCUGUGAGGAAAUCGUCUCUUUCUGACAGUCACCCAGCUCCCAGAAAACUAAAAUAUGCUUCCAAGAAUAAGGAUCAAAACAAAGAUCAAAGCCCUCGUGUUCAGAAAAAGCAGGACUACAACAGGCAUGAAAUGGCGCACGAGGUUUUGGUCAAAGGGAAGAACAUUGAAGAUUUCUGCCUGUCGUGUGGGACUGGACGUGUUGAGAUCUUCCAUCCGCUGUUUGAAGGGAGUCUCUGUUUAAAAUGCAAGGAUAAUUUCACAGAGACGCUUUAUCGGUAUGAUGAUGAUGGCUACCAGUCGUACUGCACUGUGUGCUGUGCUGGACUAGAGGUCAUCCUGUGUGGAAACGACAGCUGCUGUCGCUCUUUCUGUGUGGACUGUGUGGACAUCCUGGUUGGUAACGGCACGUUUGACCAACUAAAGGAUCUGGAUCCGUGGAUCUGUUACCUGUGUGCACCAGAGAAAAGCUCUGGAGCAUUGAAACCCAGACAUGACUGGAGUAUCCGUGUCCAAGAGUUCUUUGCCAAUAACAGUGCUAUGGAGUUUGAGCCUCAUCGUGUUUAUCCAGCAAUCCCUGCCAACAUGCGUCGUCCAAUCAGGGUCCUCUCUUUAUUUGAUGGUAUUUCUACAGGGUAUCUGGUACUGAAGGAUCUGGGCUUUAAAGUGGAAAAGUAUGUCGCAUCAGAAGUAGAUGACGAAUCCAUUGCUGUCUCUAUGGUGAACCAUGAUGGAAAAAUCACUCAGGUGGAUGACGUCCGAAGAAUCACCAAAAAGCAUAUUGAGAAGUGGGGUCCAUUUGAUCUUCUCAUUGGUGGGAGCCCAUGCAACGACUUAUCUAUAGUAAACCCAGCACGGAAAGGAUUGUUCGAAGGCACAGGGCGGCUCUUCUUUGACUACUAUCGGCUGCUGAACGUCAUGAAGCCAAAGGAAGGCGACCCUCGGCCGUUCUUCUGGCUCUUCGAGAAUGUUGUAUUCAUGAACAACAGGGACAAAGCUGAUAUCUGCCGUUUCCUAGAGUGCAACCCGGUCCUUGUUGAUGCUGUUAAAGUGAGCCCAGCCCACAGAGCCCGGUACUUCUGGGGGAACCUCCCAGGCAUGAACAGACCAAUCAUUGCUUCUCAAAACGACAAGCUGACUCUUCAGGAAUGCCUCGAACCCGGUCGCACUGCUAAGUAUGUCAAAGUGCGCACCAUCACCACUCGAUCAAACUCCCUCAAGCAGGGGGCCAAUGACCGUCAUUUCCCCAUCUCCAUGAAUGGAAAGGAUGACGGUAUAUGGAUCACCGAAAUGGAGAAGAUUUUUGGAUUUCCGAAGCAUUACACAGACGUGAAGAACAUGGGCCGUAAUCAGAGACAGAAGGUGCUGGGUAAAUCCUGGAGCGUCCCGGUGAUCAGACACCUGUUUGCUCCACUGAAGGAUUACUUUGCCUGUGACGAGGUCCUCUCAAAAUGUGGAGAGCUUUAAAAGAGCUUGUCUCUCUGUCACAGUUCAAGACUCAGGAAUUCAUCAGUGAUUUUAAAAUUGCCUUUUUUUUUUUAAACUGAAUGUAUAGAUAAUCAAGUUAUGCUGAAUGUACUUGAAAGUGCUGAAAGUCAAAGAUAUUGACUUAUCUAUGGACGGUACCAGAUGUUUGGUCUUUUAUUGUGAUGAAUAAUGUUUUCUUAAAUUUUCCAACAUUUGGUUUUUAAUCCACAUUGUUAAAUAAAUGACCAGCAGUUUGAA